CAGACUUUCUGAAUUGGAAUGAAUUCUGACUUGAAUCAGUUGUGAUGGUUGAUUGAUUUGUGAAUUUUGUUUAUAUCAUUGAUUGGAUAAAGUUUCAUGAAACGGAAUUAAAUUAUGUUUUAAAAUAAACUAUUAAUGAUAAAUUUCACAUAAACAGUCAUACAAUUUCACUCACUCAGGAGUCAUGAUAAUAUUAAUAUCUACAUAAAUGAAGAUUCGCAGGUCGAUCUCUGUUUUAGAAAUAUAUAUUUGAGUAUUGUGCACAAAAUGUCCAAAGUUAUAGAAAGGAAGGUAACUCUCAAACAUUCACAACCUAAUGUUUUGAUACAAACAUGGUUAUUACAGUUACUAGAAAAUGCUAGAAAGACGAAAAGUAAGCUUACGCCUAUGCUGGAAUUGGCUCUGGACUCGCUCUCUAAGUAUCCAGUACAGCUACAUUCAGGAGCUGAAUGUAUUAUAUUGAAAGGUUUUGGGAAGAAAUUGUGCAAUAUUUUGGAUCAAUGUAUAGAGAAUUAUAAUGCUACAGUAGCUGGAAACUCUGACCCUCUCAGAGAGUUAAGUGUAGAAGAUCAGAAUGGUCAUUCUGACUUUCCUGUAACAGUAUCUUCAUCAUCUUCCUCAACACAAUUAAACAAGUAUAUUCCUCAGAGCAACAACACAAGUCCGACCCCUACUCUACUGGUUAAUCCGGAGAACCUAAUGAGACAUGACAAUAGUCUUGAUCAUUCUGAUACCCCAGUAAAUAAUGGUUCACAAGAAGUAGAUGUUAUUUCUGUAGUGAGUACUAAUUCAGUCCCACAUCAUCCAACAAGCUCAGUAUGUUCUAGAAGCAGUGCCAAAAAGUCAUCAGCAAAGAAGUAUAAACCAGCUUUGAUAUCUGGGGGAUAUGCAAUAUUGUUGGCACUAAGAGAGCAUGCUUUAGAAAAUUUAGAUGAACCAGCAAUGACUAAAGUGGAUUUGAUUGAAAAAGCUCAACUAUAUUCUAAAGAAUCAUUUGUGAGGCCUAAACCUAAUACUCACUACACAGCUUGGUCUAAUAUGAGUAAACUAGUAAAGAAAGGUUUAGUUCAAACUAAGAAGCAGUUUAGGAAAAAAGCACAAUAUUCUUUGACUCACGAAGGUAUGGAGUUAGCACAAGAACUGUAUGAAAAGGCGAAACAUAAAGCAACAGAUAAUGACAUAAUUUUUAAUAAUGAUAAUGAGCCACCAAUGGGGCCUGAAACUUUGAACCAAGAAAUUGAAGAAGAUAAUAAUGAUUUAAUGGACGUUGAUGCCCAUGAACCUUGUACAUCGCAAAAUGUACAGAGUGCUUGCAUUGACCUGGCACCUGGUACAUUUGAUAUAAUAUUAUUGAUUGAUAAAUGUGAAACAUCUGGGUUUAAAAAGAGAAAUGACCCUACUAUUGCCCAAUUCAAUAAAUAUCCUGAUAUGAAAUAUGAGGUCCGAAGUCUUAAGGUUGGAGAUUUCACUUGGGUAGCUAGACACAAACAAAAUGUAGACCAAGAGCUUGUAUUACCUUUUGUAGUUGAAAGGAAAAGAAUGGACGACUUCGCUGCUAGUAUAAAGGAUGGUAGAUUUCACGAGCAAAAGUUUAGAUUACGCAAAUGCGGACUUGAUAAUGUUAUUUAUUUGGUAGAGGACUUUGGGAGCAACAAGAAUGUGGGAUUGCCUCUACAAAACUUAAAGCAAGCUCUGGCUAAUACUAGCGUCCAAGAUGGAUUCAAAGUUCAUUCGACUGAUUCCUUGACUAACUCGGUUCGAUUUUUAGCUAUGAUGACUAAAAGACUGAUUAUACGUUUUAAGGAUAAACAUCUACGUGGCCGCAAUGAAGAGCCCAGUGGUGAUUAUUUGACGACUUUCGACUACUUCAAUAAAUCUUCAGCAAAGAAUAAAGCGCUGACUGUAACAGAAACAUUUAUAAAGCUGCUUCUUCAAUUAAAAGGUGUAUCUGUCGAGAAGGCGUUGGCGAUUACACGUAAAUAUCCGACCCCGCGUUCUCUAAUUAAAGCCUACCUAAAAUGUGAUGGUCAUGAAGGCCAGAGCCUUUUGACAUAUUUAAAAUAUAGUGAUCUCAGUCCAAAUGUUGGACCAGUAAUCAGUAAAGCUAUCUAUAAUGUUUUCUCAAGCCUUGAUGCUUAAGAAAAUUUGAUUCGUUUCUUAAAAAAAAAUUAAGUUAUAUGGAAAUGUUUCAUGUGAAUAAAUAAAUGGUAAUCAAUGUUUAGUAAGAACAUGUAUUUGAGAAAGCAAGUUUUUUUUAAGUAAUACUUAAAAAAAUCGGACGUUAAACGAAAUUUAAGCAUGGUCACUUUUUGCAGUAUUUACUUCACAUGUAAUGUUAUAAACGACUGAGGAGAUUACCAAAUCUUUCAGCUUAUAAAUGGUAUCGUAUGACCGAAUUUUACGAUUAAGGUUAGGUUACGUUAAAUCUCGAGAAUCUAGCGAGAGAAAAUGAAGAGCUCAGUGUUUUAGUAUAAAAACUUCCUUUCGAUAAAGUAUAAAACUAGUAUUAAUAUUCACUAAGUUUUAAGAAUGGUCAGAUAAGUAAUUGUAAGGAAUUUCGCGUGCUUCUAGCGCCUAUGGUGUUGAAAUCAUGCAUUCACGAGUAAAUAUGCAUAUCCAUAACCCAAAUGUAAAAAUAAGGUUACAGUUCUUCUGAAUGACUGCUGUAUGAAGCAGGCACUUACCUAAGUAAUUAUUACAGUUUAAAUUCUUGCAUGUACAAAAAAAAAUUGUUCAUAAUCUCAUAGAAUGACUACCUACUAUAACUAGUAUUCAAUAUAGCAAUCAAUUUUUUAGAGGGUAAGAAGAAAUUUAGGUUUAUCCGUGUAUGUAAUCAUUCAAAUUAUAAUUAGUAGGUGUAUUAGCACAGUGCCCUUAAAACAAGGAGUAAUGUCGUUGCGUCACGACAAUUAAAUCAAGAUUUUGAAAUCGUAGGCAGAUCCUUUUUUUGUGAGAUUCUAUGCAUAAUUAGGUAUUAAAUUAAGUAAUAUCACGCGUCUAUCUAACUGCCUGUAGAAGACUAUUCGCGUGAAAAAAUUGUUUAGUUAAGUAUACUGACAUUAUUUAUUUUUAGAAAAAUUUUGCUAUCAAUUUGCUUCCUAUUUAUAAUGAAGAUAACAUAUUUACUUUUAUAAGCUUAAAAAUAUAUUUAAGUUAAUCGCAUCUUUACCGGUAUUUUACCAAAAAAUUGAUCUCAAUUGAAUUGUUAUUUUUAUAAGUUUAGCUUGUUUAAUAUUUACUCAUAAUCACCUUACGUUUUUCAAGAUGUGAUUUUGUUUAUAGUGUUUAUUACAUCGUAAUAUAUUAGUCAUAAGAUACGAAUUUAACAAGAUGGUUAAGCGAUACGAUUGUAAGGAAGGCUAUAGAUAGACGGACCGCACUUUAGCUGCAAUCCUACUGCCUAAAUAUAAGUAGUAGUCUUUUUCUUGUUCAAAACUAAUUGACCAUGUUGAGUAACGGACUGCGCACACUUAUACAGCUCUGCUACUAUCAGCCGCUUACGGUGUCGCCGUGUCGUAAGAAUGAUGAUAGGCGCCAUAACGUGCUAUCUUCUCUGAAAUGCUUCUGUCCACGGCGCCGAAUAUGCUCUCAACACGGACAGUUCUAUGUGCGAUAUUUUUGGCGUUUCGCUUCUGGUAGAAGAGAUAAAAAACAAUAAAC